AUGGACCGCAGGGCCGCUGCAGCCCUGGGAACUGUCCCGCCUCAGGAUUCAGAGCAGCCCUCGGAGUCUUCAGAGCCGCCGCCGCCGUGGCCGCCGCCGGCUCUUUCACCGCUCCAUGAGCCUUCGCCAGAGCCGGCACCACAGUUGUGUCUAGAGCCUGCUCCAGAACCCUAUCCGGAGAUGACCGCAGUACCAGCCACAGAACCAGUCCCAGAACCAAACACAGAACCGGCCCCCAAGCCGCCCCCAGAACAAGCUACAGAACUAGACACACAGCUAAUCUCAGAAUUAGCCCCAGAACCGGUCCCCGAGCCGGCUCCAGAACCAGCUCCUGAACCGGCUUCACAGCCGACCCCAGUACCAGCGAUAGAACCAGCCCCAGAUUCGGCCACAGAACCAGCUCCAGAGUUCUGUCCUGAGCUGGCUGCAGAAUCCUGUCCGAAGCCGAGUUCAGCACUUCAUCUAUUGCAGUGUCCGGUGAUCACUCCAGAAACGGGUCUAAAGACCUCGGAAUCGCCUUCACCAUCACCAAGCCCUUAUUAUAUGAAAUGGAGCAAGAUAAAAAGAAUACUGAAGGAAGGACCUCUGCUGAAGAGCUGUAACUCCUUCAAGAGAUGGAAGCUUAGAUAUUUUCUGGUUCGAGGACAAAGGCUCUGCUUUGCUCACCAUCCUGCGUUUGCACAUUUUGAAACAAUUGAUCUGUCUCAGGUUGCCUUGGCUGAAACUAGCUGUAGAAACCUUUGUCACAGUUUUUGUGUGAUCACACCACAACGAAAACUUAUCCUGGCUGCACCCACCCGGAAAGACAUGGAAGAAUGGAUUAACGUUAUAAAAACUGUUCAACAGGGAGAAAUUCAUAAGGUACCUACAGUAGAAAACAACCCUUUUCUUGUUGGAAUGCACUAUUGGUAUUCCAGUCCCAGCCUCAGGACCCAGCACUGCAAUGUUUGCCGGGAGAGCAUUCCUGCCUUAUCUAGAGAUGUUAUCAUCUGUGAAGUAUGCAAAGUGAAGACUCACAAAUUAUGUGCUUUGAGAGCAAGCAAAGACUGUAAGUGGAAUACCUUGUCCAUCACUGAUGACCUCCUCUUACCUGAAGAUGAACUAAAAACUAUGCCCCAUCAGUGGGUAGAGGGAAAUAUAUCUGUUAAUUCUCAGUGUGCAGUAUGUCAUGAGAACUGUGGCAGUAAUCAAAGACUUCAAGACUUUCGAUGUCUGUGGUGUAAUUCUAUGGUGCAUGACAACUGUAGAAGACGGUUUUCCAAGGAAUGCUGGUUUGGAAGUCAUCGCACAUCAGUCAUUCCUCCUACUGCCCUAAGUGACCCUAAAGGAGAUGGCCAAUUAGUAGUAUCUUCAGACUUCUGGAAUCUUGAUUGGUCAUCAGCCUGUUCAUGUCCCCUUCUCAUCUUCAUCAACUCCAAAAGUGGUGAUCAUCAAGGGAUCGUCUUCCUCCGAAAAUUUAAGCAAUACCUUAACCCAUCGCAAGUGUUUGACCUGUCAAAGGGUGGACCUGAAGCUGGGCUUUCCAUGUUCAAGAACUUUGCUCGCUUUCGAAUUGCAGUUUGUGGAGGAGAUGGCAGUGUGAGCUGGGUCUUAUCUCUGAUUGAUGCCUUAGAAUUACAUGAAAAGUGUCAGCUGGCAGUCAUCCCUCUUGGAACUGGCAAUGAUCUGGCUCGUGUCCUAGGCUGGGGUGCAUUCUGGAACAAAAACAAGUCACCCCUGAUUAUCCUCAACAGAGUAGAGCAGGCUAGUGUAAGGAUUCUAGACAGAUGGAGUGUGAUGAUCCGCGAGACUCCAAGACAAACCCCAUUGCUAAGAGGACAUGUAGAAAUGGAUAUACCCACAUUUGAGGCUGCUGCCAUCCAACACUUAGAAUCUACAGCCACUGAGUUGAACAAAAUCCUGAAGGCCAAGUAUGCCACAGAGAUGAUCAUCGCAACCAGAUUUCUGUGUUCAGCAGUGGAAGAUUUUGUGGUUGAUAUUGUAAAGGCCUGGAGUCAGAUAAAACAGAACAAUGCAGCAAUAGAAUCUGUGAUUUUGAAAAGUGACAUAAUGUAUGAUAAGCUCAGUGUCUUAAUUGAUGUCCUGGCUGAGGAGGCAACAGUUGAGAAGAGUGCUACAGUAUGUGAAGACAGUGGCAAGACAGAUGGAAAGCCAUUCAUCCAGCAAAUAGACCACAUAGCCAAGUGCAAGUUGGAGCUGGCCACAAAAGCCAAGAAUCUCCAGAAAUCCUUGAAACUCAUAAUAUUCCAAGUUGAACAAGUUCUGGAUGAAAAGAGCCGACAGGCAAUAUCACUUAAGAACUUUACUUCAACUUUCUUUCCGGAAGAAGACUCAGAAGAUAUUAACCAGACGAGCCCAAGACACCGUUCCUGUUGUGGCACUUUAUCUUCUAUUCCUUCUCUCAAAUGUGAAGACCUAGAUAACCUUAAUUUGGAGCACUUACAUUUUAUACCUGAAACUAUACGUUUCAAAGAAAAGUGCGUCAUGAACAACUAUUUUGGAAUUGGACUGGAUGCUAAAAUUUCUCUGGAAUUCAACACCAGAAGAGAUGAACACCCAGGACAAUACAAUAGCCGCCUUAAGAACAAGAUGUGGUAUGGCCUUUUGGGAAGCAAAGAACUUUUGCAGCACUCUUACAGGAAACUGGAAGAACGGGUGCACCUGGAGUGUGAUGGAGAAGCCAUAUCCUUGCCAAACCUGCAAGGCAUUGUAGUGCUCAACAUUACCAGCUAUGCGGGAGGCAUCAACUUCUGGGGAAGCAACACAGCAACCACAGAAUACCAGGCUCCUGCAAUAGAUGAUGGGAAGCUGGAGGUUGUGGCGAUCUUUGGGUCCAUACAGAUGGCAAUGUCCCGUAUCAUCAAUCUACAUCAUCAUCGCAUUGCCCAGUGCCGUGAGGUGAUGAUAACCAUUGAUGGUGAAGAAGGUAUUCCAGUGCAGGUGGAUGGGGAGGCCUGGGUUCAGAGUCCAGGCCUUAUCAAGAUUAGAUAUAAGAAUGCUGCCCAGAUGCUGACAAGAGAUCGGGACUUUGAGAACUCAAUGAAAAUGUGGGAAUGCAAGCAUACUGAAAUUCAAGCUGCCUCUCGACCCAAGUUGAACUCCCAGGAAUCUCAAGAUAGCCUCUCUGAUGAGGAGUCUGCCCAGAUGCAGCUCUUAACUCAGCUUGCAGAAGACCUCAUGAGCAGGCUUACUAACCUAAGCAAGGUCCACCAGCAUGUGUCUGUCCUCAUGGAUUCUGUGAAUGCCAGUGCCAACAUCCUGAAUGAUGUAUUUUGUGGCCAAGACAGUGACAAUGAGGCAGGUGCAGCUUCCUGUACUCCCAUAAAGAUUCUAAGCAGAAAUGAUGCAGUAGAUGUUACAUUUAGUCUUAAAGGGCUCUACGAUGACACCAAAGCUUUCCUGGAUGAACACUUGUUGAAAAAUGCUGAGGAUGAGGCCACAUUGCAAAACACCCUGGAUGCCAUGAAUAAAGAGUUUGAAAAGCUAUCUGAGAUCAACUGGAUGAAUUCAAUCCUUGUCCCAGAGGAAGAAUCUUCAGACACUGACAGUAGAAGCCUAAGGUUGAAAGUUAAAUUCCCCAAAUCGAGGAAGAAGAAGCUAGAAGAAGAAGAGAUGCCUAGAUCAGGCGAAGGAGUCCAGGGUUUUAUUGGAAAUUUGUGGCAUCGCAGAUAUCAUGAAGACAAAGCAAAAAAUGAUGACCCUCCAACAACAUCAUUUCAACUGUAG